AUGUACUGUUAAUAAGGUGGUUAUCACAAGGGUAAUGAGUUGCCAUACAUUAUGAGAUGAACAUCUGGAGAUGGUCUGUCUUCAUAGUACUUGCAUAGUGAAGGGAGAAGUUCUAAAUUGCGUAGUUUGCAUAGACGAAAGACACAAAGGUCACAAAAUGAUUCCCCUGUAGAAAUUACUAAAUCUAAUUAAAAAACAAGAAUCCUUAAUCAUGUUAGUAACUAUUACAUAAUCUACAUUUUCAAGAACACUCUACACCAAUCUCAACACUCGGAGAUGCANUAUAUAUCAAGGCAAUCUUAUUUUAAUCCUUCUAUUUAAAUAAGCUAAAUGAAAUAUGAUAUUAAAAGCAAUUCUAAAUUGAGUGAUGAAUAACUCUGUAAAUGAAUCAUAUUAAAUUAGAAAAUAUCGCUUACAUUGAAGUAGAUUUGAAUAAAGUUCUUGGUAAGAUCUCCAUAAUCAUUUUCGGCUAGUAAACUUUAAUAUUUAAGAAGGCGUGA